AUGAAACUGAAAAAAAUAUGUUUGUUUUUUGCUUAUUUAAAAUCCAGUAAAAACAUUUAUGACAAUUUAUUGGACAUUGUUAAACAGAAAAUUGAAACUAAAGACUAUUAUUUAAUUGAUUUAGAGAAAAAAUACUACGUCUUUGAAACUUUUAUUAAUACCAAUGGAAUUGUUUUUUGUGGAUGUAUACAAGAUGCAUCUGGUUCCGAUAAUAGUUCUACCAAAUAUAAUAGUGCUAAGUAUAAUACAGCAGAUGAAGCAAUUCAAGCGGUUUGUGAUUAUCAUCUUUCAAGCAAUUUGAAUAUACCAAAGAAAUUUCCGAUUUUUUAUAAGAUAAAUUUAGCAAUAUUUAAGCAUGAUAUUCAGUCUAAGCUUGAGAAUUUUUUUUAUAAUAGGGUUGAACCCGAUUUUUUUGCUAGAUUAUAUGAUAGCAACGAACAAAAACAAAUAAGAGAGCUUUGUUUAUUUUUUUCUCGAAAUAGAAUGAUAGAUCCUAACUUUUUCUUUUCUUCAGAAAAGAAUUCUUCUGAAGACACUAUCCAAUGCUUUGAAGAAGAAAACAAGAUGAAAUUUUUUUUUCCUGUAAAAUUAAGAAAUUUAGUGCUUUUUUUUAAAAUUGACGUUAAAGAUUUAUACAGUGUAGAAGACCAAUAUACAAGUGAAUUUAUAAAGUUACAUAAAAAUAACAGUAAUAAUAAUAUUUGUACAGAGAUAUGCACUUUAAUUACUAAAAUUUUUACAUUCUCUGAUUAUCUGUUACAUUCUAAAUUAUUAAAUGAGCUAAACGAUUAUGCCAAGAAAAAAAAAUUUGGAAAAAAGUCAUCAUGUAAUAUUGAGAAGAAAACUUUUUCUGUUUUAUUUUUAGAAAAAGAUAUAUUUUUUAAAAAUUUAGGUACAUUGUUUUGUUAUUCUUAUGAUAAUCCCUUAGAGAUUACGGGAAAUUGUCAGCACAUUUCUAAAGAAGCAUAUCAAGAUUGCAUUGAAAUUUUAAAGUUAUUUACGAAAGCUAAGGCCUUUGAUUUUGCGCAAUACAAAAUUAUUUUUUACAAAUGUAAAAAUGAAAAUCUGCUAAAUCAUUUAUUAUAUAAAAUUUGUGAAAGCCCGGGUUCUGGCUCUUACAUAAUAUUAAUACAAAUUUUAGGAUAUUAUAAGAUUUUAAACGUAAGUGAAAUUAUUUUUUUUACACGAAGUAUAAAUAAGAAUAAUAGAGAGCAAAUGAUUGCGUUUCUGAAAAAUUUUUUUACUAAAGAAAAACUUUCUAAGAUUCAUUUUAUGAUGACUGCGGUGAGUGAAAAAGUUAAUAAUUUGUUAUACACUCUUAUUUAUAAAGAAGCUGAGGAGUAUUUUAGUAUUUAUAAAAAGAGUAAUAUUUUUAAUAUUGAAUUUUUCAAUGAUAUACGAAAGUUUUCUGAUUUAUAUUUAUGUCUGAAUGAAAUAACGUUAUAUGAUUUUUAUAGCAUCUUAGUUGGCAAUUCACUAUCUAUAUUUGCGUCGGGGGAAAAAACAUUGUCACAAUUAUUUGAAAGUAUAGCAUUACUAACUAAUUUAGACGUUAAAUACAGCAUAGGAGAAAACCAUGUUUAUUUUAAUAAAGUAAAAGCUAAGAAAAUGUUUCAAAUAUUAAAUAUUGACGAUCCCGAGACCUUAGAAAAUUGCGUUGAAAGUUUAAUUAAAUGA